GUUCAGUCUCUCAGCGUCGGCGGCCGUAUGCGCAGCAGCAGCAGCGCGCAAAAAUCGGAAUCGAAAAUUUCUAGUUUCUGUCUGGUACACACAGUCAAGACAGGCUGUUAAAUCGAGAAAGUGUUGGAAAAGUGGCAAAUAAAUUGCAGGAAAUGUGGCAAAAUUGAAAUCGUCUAUCUUACAAGUUGUGCAAAAUCAUUUUCAAACGGUAAACGUGCGAAUUUGUGCAACGAAAAUGUCAAGUUUUGUGUGAAAUCUCAAUUUACUUCAGCAGUUGCGGCGUUUAUGGGCUUUACAUCACGCUUCGGCAACCAGACGGAGACACGCAAGCAAUUGAAUUAAUAAAAGUGCAGCUAAUUGAAGUGCAAAAUAGUAGCGGCGACAAGUGAAUAAGUGAGUAAUAAAUAAGUGGCAGAUAAGCAAACAAAAAUAUUAAAAAAUCCCACCAAAGAAUGUUAUAAUUAAAAGUAAAAGUGGUGGAAAACCUGGAAAUAUUGAAAAUCGCAUGAAAGUGUUUACCGUGGAAAUUAGCUAAAGUUGACAAAUAUUUUGCAAGAUUUAAAAAUUUGCAUUAUAAAAAAUACUAAAAAUUAAAAAUAAUUAAUAAUAAUUUAAAUUAUACUCCAAAAUUAAUUUUACUUAAAGUCAACUGCGUACUUUGCACGUGUGCGUUGGUAACGCCGGUUCAUAGUCUCUCAUUGUUGUUGUUUGGUUGGUAAUUUGCAGCGCCUACGGCUGAACCGACAGCUGAUGAUGACAACCACAGUAACAACAACCAAUUUAAUAUAAUUGUAAUAAAAAAUAAUGAAGAAGACGCAGAAUUAACAGCACAAGGUGGUAAUAAAGUAGUGUAAAGUGGAGUCUAAGGUUAAUGAUAAAAAUAAAACGUGCAGCAAACCUCGAAACAAGUGUGGUGAAGUGAACAAAAUUAAAUAGAAAACGACAAGAAGAAGCAGCAACUGACGCAUUUCGGCGUAGAUAAAAGGCGCCUCGCAUGCUUCACGGAAUUCAAUAAUUUAAUUAAGAUUUUAACUAAAGAUCUCAAUCAUUCCAUAUAUACAAAUAACCGUUAAAAACUUGACGCUAACGACAACAAGAAUCACAUCACUCUCAGCAAAUCGAAUUUCGCAAUCUCAAAUAUAUAACCAGAUGUACCGAAAAUGUAAAUAUUUGCCUGCAAAUCUUCAAAAUAUCUCAAAAGAAGAGUCACAAAGACGAAAAUGAUAAUCUAGUCGCAAAAGUCAAGCAGGAACUUGAUUCCUCUUGCAAAGUUUAAGCCAAAAAGACUUUUGGCUUUUGAAAAACAAACAUAUAACGGCAAAUUUUAGUUGUAAAUAAAUAUUUAGAAAAGAAUACUACACGCUUAUUAAUUACUGUUAGUUGAGCAAAAAGUCGUCGGCCAUUCAAAAUGACGAAAAAGUACGAAUUCGAUUGGAUCAUUCCGGUGCCGGAGGAAUUGACCACCGGCUGCGUGUUCGAUCGUUGGUUUGAGAAUGAGAAGGAAACAAAGGAGAAUGACUUUGAGAAGGACGCAAUGUUCAAAGUGGACGAAUACGGAUUCUUUUUGUAUUGGAAAAGCGAUGGCAGGGAAGGUGACGUCAUCGAAUUGUGUCAAGUUAGUGAUAUAAGAGCGGGAGGUGUGCCGAAGGAUCCGAAAAUUCUCGAUAAAGUGACAAAAAAGAAUGGCACCGAUAUGGUGGCCUUGGAUAAACGUUCACUGACAAUAUGUUCGAAUACAGAUUAUAUAAAUAUAACAUAUCAUCAUGUUAUUUGUCCGGAUGCAGCAACGGCAAAGCGCUGGCAAGAGGGUUUACGUUAUAUAACACAUAAUAAUAAGGCAACCAAUGUGUGUCCGAGAACUAAUUUAAUGAAGCAUUGGAUGCGCUUAUCUUUUUCGGUGGAAAAAGGUGGCAAAAUACCUAUUAAAGUGGUAGCGAAAACUUUUGCGUCCGGCAAAACGGAAAAGCUAGUGUAUCAAUGCUUUAAGGAAGUCGGACUACCGGACGAUAAGAGUGCCACCAUGACGAAGGAAGAGUUCACAUUCGAUAAGUUUUACGCGCUGUACCACAAGGUUUGCCCACGCAAUGACAUCGAAGAGCUGUUCACUUCCAUCACUAAGGGUAAAUCGGAAGUCAUUUCGAUGGCACAGUUCGUACAGUUCAUGAAUGAUAAGCAACGUGAUCCACGUAUGAAUGAAAUUUUAUAUCCGCUCUAUGAUGAGAAGCGUUGCACGGAAAUUAUCAACGAUUAUGAAUUGGACGAAGAGAAGAAGAAGGCGGGUCAAAUGUCGAUGGAUGGUUUUAAGCGAUAUCUCAUGUCCGAUGAGAAUGCACCCGUAUUCUUGGAUCGCUUGGAAAUGUAUAUGGAAAUGGAUCAUCCAUUGGCGCAUUACUAUAUCAAUAGUUCGCAUAACACCUAUCUGUCGGGUCGUCAAAUCGGUGGUAAGAGUUCGGUGGAAAUGUAUCGGCAGACGCUAUUGGCGGGUUGUAGAUGCGUCGAGCUGGACUGUUGGAAUGGCAAAGGUGAAGACGAGGAGCCCAUCGUAACUCACGGCCACGCCUACUGUACUGAAAUUCUAUUUAAAGAUUGCAUUCAAGCCAUCGCCGAUUGUGCAUUUGUCUCCUCCGACUAUCCUGUUAUAUUAUCCUUUGAGAAUCACUGCAAUCGUGCGCAGCAAUAUAAAUUAGCUAAAUACUGUGAUGACUUCUUCGGUGAACUAUUACUAAAGGAACCGUUGCCCGAACAUCCGCUCGAUCCUGGUUUACCACUCCCACCGCCUAAUAAAUUGAAACGGAAAAUACUAAUAAAGAAUAAACGUAUGAAACCGGAAGUCGAAAAGGUCGAAUUGGAGCUCUGGUUAAAGGGUGAACUGAAGACCGAUGAUGAUCCGGAGGAAGAUGCCAGCGCCAAACCACCUGAUGCGGCACCACCACCAGAGGCUGCCGCCGCACCACCAGCGGGCGAGCCCGGCGCAGAUGGUGCUGCGCCUGAGGCGGAAGCAGCAGCGGUCAAUUACAGCGGCUCCACGACGAAUGUACACCCCUGGCUGUCAUCGAUGGUCAAUUAUGCGCAGCCCAUUAAAUUCCAGGGCUUCGAUAAGGCUAUUGAGAAAAAUAUCGCUCACAACAUGUCGUCGUUUGCCGAAGCGGCUGGCAUGAACUAUCUUAAACAGAGCUCCAUCGACUUUGUCAAUUAUAACAAACGUCAAAUGUCGCGCAUUUACCCGAAGGGCACACGCGCCGACUCUUCCAACUAUAUGCCACAAGUGUUCUGGAACGCUGGCUGUCAGAUGGUCUCGCUCAAUUUCCAAACCUCCGAUCUGCCUAUGCAAUUGAAUCAGGGUAAAUUCGAAUAUAACGGUGGCUGUGGCUACCUGCUCAAGCCGGAUUUUAUGCGCCGCUCAGACAAGGAUUUCGAUCCGUUUGCCGAUGCGCCCGUGGACGGUGUCAUUGCCGCGCAGUGCUCCGUGAAAAUUAUAGCCGGUCAAUUCUUGUCAGAUAAAAAAGUCGGCACCUACGUCGAAGUCGACAUGUUCGGUCUGCCCUCGGACACAGUAAAGAAAGAGUUUCGUACACGUUUGGUGCCUAACAACGGUUUGAAUCCCGUAUACAAUGAGGAUCCGUUUGUCUUUCGUAAAGUGGUGCUGCCCGAUUUGGCUGUGUUACGUUUCGGCGUCUAUGAAGAGAGCGGCAAAAUGAUUGGACAGCGUAUAUUACCGUUGGACGGUCUACAGGCCGGCUAUCGACACGUCUCACUGCGUACCGAAGCGAACUUCCCAAUGUCGUUGCCUAUGCUUUUCGUCAACAUCGAAUUAAAGAUUUAUGUACCUGAUGGCUUUGAAGAUUUCAUGGCCAUGCUGUCGGAUCCGAAAGGAUUUGCGGGCGCUGCAGCAAAACAAAAUGAACAAAUGAAGGCGCUGGGCAUUGAAGAACAGAGUGGUGGUGCGGCACGUGAUGCAGGCAAAGCCAAGGAAGAGGAGAAGAAAGAACCACCACUGGUAUUCGAGCCAGUUACGUUAGAAUCACUGCGCAGUGAGAAAGGCUUCCAAAAGGUGGCCAAAAAGCAAAACAAAGAGCUAGAUACGCUUAAGAAGAAACACACCAAGGAACGCAUGACCAUGCAGAAGAAUCAGAAUGCGGCUAUUGAUCGGCUAAUCAAGGGCAAAAGCAAAGAUGAAAUCCGCAACGACACCACGAUCAAGAACGCAAUCACCGAACAGACGCAACAGUGGACCGAGAUGAUUGCCAAACACAAGAAAGAGGAAUGGGAUAUGUUGCGGCAACAUGUGCAGGAUUCGCAAGAAGCAAUGAAGGCUUUAAUGCUGACCGUACAGGCGCAACAGGUGAAGCAGCUCGAGGAACGGCACGCGCGUGAUAUUAAAGACUUGAAUGCUAAGCAAGCCAAAACCUCCGCUGAUACCGCCAAAGAGGUGCAAAAUGAUAAAACAUUGAAGACGAAGAAUGAGAAGGAUCGACGAUUGCGUGAGAAACGACAAAAUAAUAUCAAACGCUUUAUGGAAGAGAAAAAGCAAAUCGGUGUUAAACAGGGACGUGCUAUGGAAAAACUCAAAGUGGCACACGGCAAACAAGUCGAGGAAUUUAGUACUGACGUGCAAAAGUUACUCGAUAUGUACAAAAUGGAGGAGGAGGCCUACAAAAUACAAGGCAAGUCUGAAUUCUAUGCCUAGGACCCAACUAUAACCGCAGAGCAGCCACUUUUAUAAUGUUGGUGUGCACGUGACAUGGUGAAGUGGUGGAAAACAAUUAAACGCUUACAGUGUAAGCCUGUCAUGGAAACGAAACGGCAAUUGGCAGCACUUAUGCGAAAGUUUAAAAUGCAAUCGAAAUAAUAAGUAUUUAAUAUUUAUUUAAUUAUUUAUAGCAACUAAAGAGUAUAAAUUUAAAAUCAAAACAAAACAAGAAAAAAUCUAAAGAUUAGAACGCAAUUCUAUGUAAAACCUUUCAAAGCGAAUAUUGAAGAAAAAUUAUUUAUAGUAAAGUAACGUGAAAUUUCUAUAUAUAUUUAUGCAAAGGAUGAAGAUACAUGUUAUAUAUAAAAUAUAUAAACUAAUUUUAGCGUUAACUGAGAAAAAAAUAGAAAUUAUUUGUAAACUAGUGAAAAUAAGUGCAACUGGAAUGAAUUCGUAAUGUCGAAAAAAAAUUCUGAUAAAACGAGUUUAGAGUUUAACACCGCAUUUUUGUCUAAGUCAAACUAGAAAAUUUAAAAAGAAGUCAACAUAACCUUAAAACAUGCAACAUAACAUAAAAAAUUCAAUAUAAACCAGAAAAAAUCAGGAUAACCUUAAAAAACAUUCAAUAUAACCUUUAAGAAGUCAAGAUAACCUUAAAAAAGAAAACAUAAACUUAAAAAAAAUCAAUAUAAACCACAACAGAACUAUAAAAAGUCAACAUAUAAUUCAAUAUAGCCUUAUAAAGGUAAUAUAAACUUGAAAAAACAACAUAACCUUAAAAAAGUCAAUAUAAACUUAAAAAAUAAACAUAAAACCGAAAAAAUCAGCAUAACUUUCAAACAAGUCAAGAUAACCUUAAAAGAGAAAAAUGAAGAUAAAAAAUUAAGAAAAAACUUUAAAAAGUCAACACAAAAAUCAAGACAACCUUAGAAAAGGUAAGAUAAACUUAAAACAAAUCAACAUAACCUUAAAAAAGUCAACAUAAACUCUAAAAAUCAGCAUAAUAUUAAAAACCUAACCUUUAAAAAUAUCACGGUAGCCUUAAAAAGGAAACAUAAGCGCAAAAAAAUUAAAAUAAAUUUAAAAAAGUCAACAUAAACUCAAAAAAUCAGCAUAACAUUAAAAAAUCUAUAAAAACUUAAAAAAGGCAAUAUAAACUUAAAAUAAAUUAACAUAACCUCAAAAAAUGUGAAAACAAUAGCUAAUUACGUAAUAUUUAACGUUUUCCAUUAACAAAGUAUUUGCUAGUGAAAAAAAUAAAAACUAAAAUGAAUUAAAAAUAAAAAGACAAAAAAAAUGUAUAAAACUAAAAACAAAAAUAAAAAAUAUAUAUAUUAUAUAUACAUAUAAAAAAAAUAAAAUAAUGUGGCAACAUUAAGAAAAAAAAUUAAGACACAGCAUACAGUUCAAAAGUUCAUUAACAAAAAAGGUAAAAAUCAAUAAACAAUAAAAUAAAAAAAUCAGUUUACACUUGUUGCAGGCUGAGACCAGCAGAUUUCUAACUUGAAAUAAAAUUUAAUUCUAAAAAACAUAUUGAACAAUAGUAAAACCGUAAGCAAAUAGCAAGGUGUAAAGACAUUAAUAACUUUACCAAUGAAAAAUACACAGAAAUAUUGUAAGUACCAAAAAAAAAAUACAAAAACCACAAAAAAUAAAAAAUAUACAAAAAAAUAAACAAA